CCUAAGCAUUGCACAAUAAUCUUUCGUCUGAAACGCAUUCUUUCCUCUCACGCACACAAAGGAACUAAGGUUCUUCCCUGCGAUUAGAUCGCACAAAUUUUGGAACCCUAAUCUACUGCAUUUCAUUCUGGACCUUCCUACAAAUCGCAAGCAAUACACUGCGAGAAUCGAAUCCUCUCCGCAACGUCGAUCAUCUCAUCGACAGAGUCAUUAACCCUAAGCAAUUUGUAUGGCCAUGACUGGUAACCAUUCUCCUCGUCAUUCCUCCGAUAACCUCCAAUCGCGCCGCGCUGCGCGCCUCCAUGCUUCUCCGCCAUGGAACCAGGUUGUCCGUGGCGAAUCGGACUCCGUUGCGGCGGCUCCGUCGCAGUUGACGGAGGAUUUUCCCUCUGCUGCUGCGCCGGUGGAUGAUUUUAGCUCUGCCUCGGCGGAGAGCUCCGACAAUGGCGCUGGGAAGAGGCCUGUUUGGAACAAGCCUUCUCCGAAUGGCGCGACCGCCGCGGAGGUUCGGCCGGUGAUGGACGCGCUCUCUUGGCCGGCGUUGUCUGAGUCGACGAGAGCUGCUAUGAAAUCGGAAUCGUCAUCGUCGAAGGGAUUGUUGGAUGGAUCUUCUCUGCCACAAUUGCAGGGUUUGGGAAGUGCAUCUUCUUCUUCCUCUUCACAGAGGGAAGUCAGUGAUAAUGCAAGCACCAACAGUGUGGUGCCAGCUCGCCAGAAAUCAAUGAAACAUCACAGUUCAAAUGCAUCUUCUAAUGGUGGCCACCCACAACAGUCUGUGGCUGCGCCCCAGGUCUCAAUAGCUGCAACUGGGUCUCAUAAUUCCUCUCCGAAGGACCACACACAAAGAAGUGGAUUUGGGUCUAAUGAUCAUCCACAACAGCGUAAUUCAUUUAGAAAUCGUAAUGGCGGUCCACACCAGCGUGGAGAUGGUUCUCACCAUCAUAACUAUGGGAAUAGGCGCGAUCAGGACUGGAAUAACAAUCGAAGUUUCAGUGGUAGAGAUACACAUGUGUCACCAAGAGCUGUUCCCAGAUUUAUCCGUCCACCUCCACCUCCGCCUCCUAAUUCUGCUCAAUUUUUUCACCCAUCACCAAUACGGCCUUUUGGUGGCCACAUAGGAUUCCAUGAACUAGCUACUCCUCUGGUAUUUGUUGCAGCUCCACCUCCACCCCCAGAUUCACUAAGGGGUGUUCCUUUUGGGCCUCCUAUUCCACAUCAUCCCAUGUUCUUUGCAGGUCCAGACCCUCAGUUGCACAGUAAGAUAGUCAACCAGAUUGACUACUAUUUUAGUAAUGAGAAUUUAAUUAAAGAUACAUUCUUGCGCCAGAACAUGGAUGACCAGGGCUGGGUUCCCAUAAAAUUAAUUGCAGGCUUCAACAAAGUUAUGCAUUUGACUGACAAUAUCCAGAUUAUAUUAGAUGCUGUUCGAACUUCAUCUGUUGUUGAAGUGCAGGUUGACAAAAUAAGGAGACGAAAUGAUUGGAGGAGAUGGGUCAUGGCUCCUCCUAUUCAGUUUUCUAAUGCCACAACCCUUGGAGUGUUGAAUCCUGACAUGCUGGCAGAACAAAUGCACAAUAUUGCUCUGGAGACAAGUAACUUCGAUGGUGCAGGAGGACUAGAUCCUCUAUCUGAUACUUCACAACAUAGUUCUACAUUUGGGGAUUUGAGUAAUCCAUUGCAGCACUCCACUAGCGAGGGUACUGGAUAAGUUGGUAUUCAUGGCUAAGAUCACUCUAUUUCAGCAAGAAAUUAAAGCUGCAGAUUUGCUUUAGCAAUUUGUUUUUUUUUGGAGAGCUCUUAAAAGGGACACGGGAAGCAGGUAUCUAAGAAUGGUCUCACUUAAUGGGAAAUGAUUUCUCUCGAGGCAUAUUUAGGAAAAACAUAUUGAGAAACGGAAGGAAAAAUACCCUCUCACCAAAAGUACAGAAAAAGGCAUUUUUUUAUUUUAAAUUUUAUGUUUAUUUUCGGUUGUGGAGCUAGUAGCACGACUCUUGGGAAUACUCUUUUUAUGGGUAUAAUGUUCUCACUCUUAAGAAGAAUGAUUUGCUUCAAUAUGGGGGAAUUUUGUCUCUGUUUCUACAGUGCCCCUAAGUUGUUUUUUAAAAUCUUUGGGGUCAGCUACCCACCAGUUUUAGGAGCAUAAAUGUUAGUUCAUGGGUGUUGAAUGUGUUUGAUAGUAGCUACCUGCUGCCACCGAGGGAAGAGCAAACAUAGCUUUCUGCCGCUGAAGCUUUGUCCCACUUCUUUAAAGUGUGAUUGCUUGAUGUCACUUGCUGUGACAUUGAUAUUUAUAUUUUGGUCUGUUUAAACUCGCGAAAAUUCCCUAGACAAUCCAUAAGUGGUCCCAGUGGGGUCAUUAAGACUUUAAUUAUACAGGUUACAGCUGUAUAAGGUGGAUAUUCCUGUCUAUUUAGGCCUGAACUUGCAUGGAAUCAGAACCUUUAUUUCAUUAUUUCAUGACGCCGCC